AUGCAAGGAAGGGAGUAUAAGAAUAAGAGAGGCGAGAAGGCGGAAAAAGGGGAAAAGGCAGGGACGGGGGAUAAGAAGGCGAAGACGUUGAAGGCGGCGGAGAAGGGGGAGAAGGUGGGGAAGGCGGCAGAGAAGGGGGAGAAGACGGGGAAGGCGGCAGAGAAUGGGGAGAAGGUGGGGAAGGCGGCAGAGAAGGGGGAGAAGGUGGGGAAGGCGGCAGAGAAGGGGGAGAAGGUGGGGAAGGCGGCAGAGAAGGGGGAGAAGGUGGGGAAGGCGGCAGAGAAGGGGGAGAAGGCGGAAGAGAAGGGGGAGAAAGUGGGGAAGGCGGCAGAGAAGGGGGAGAAGGUGGGUAAGGCGCCAGAAAAGGGGGAGAAGGUGGGGAAGGCGGCAGAGAAGGGGGAGAAGGUGGGGAAGGCGGCAGAGAAGGGAGAGAAGGUGGGGAAGGCGGCAGAGAAGGGGGAGAAGGUGGGGAAGGGGAUGAGAAGGGGGAGAAGGUGGGGAAGGCGGCAGAGAAGGGGGAGAAGGUGGGGAAGGCGGAUGAGAAAGGGGAGAAGGUUGGGGAAGGCGGCAGAGAAGGGGGAGAAGGUGGGGAAGGCGGCAGAGAAGGGGGAGAAAGUGGGGAAGGCGGCAGAGAAGGGGGAGAAGGUGGGGAAGGCGGCAGAGAAGGGGAAGAAGGUGGGUAAGGCGCCAGAAAAGGGGGAGAAGGUGGGGAAGGCGGCAGAGAAGGGGGAGAAGGUGGGGAAGGCGGCAGAGAAGGGGGAGAAGGUGGGGAAGGCGGCAGAGAAGGGGGAGAAGGUGGAGAAGGCGGCAGAGAAGGGCGGAGGAAAGCGUCCUAAACCCUGGAAUUUAGUACCCCAGAUGGGCUUUAAGCACGUGAUGGAGGUAAGCAGUGCUAUAACCGAGAGUCCUACGUCCCAGGCUCGGACCCCUUCCCCCAUGCCCCUCACACCGUUCUUCUCCCGUGCCUCCUCCCCCCUUCCCCUCACACCCAUCUUCACCCGUGCCUCCUUCCCCGUACCCGUCACACCCAUGUUGGGAGUGGCUGGGGAUCUGAUGGCCAUAAAUCCAGGCUAG